AAAUGUUGAUAACGUUAUUGUAUUCAUUUUUGCUCUGAUGUCUAGUCCUAUCUGAAAUGGAUUGUAAAUCGCUACUAAUCCUUCCCGCACUUCUGCUAAUGCACGUUCAUUUGGCAACGCCUUGGUACUACAACUGCUUCGAAGCCACCGGAAGUCCCUCCGUUAUCCUCGCGGACAGUUGCAGUUUAAAGGACAUCGUCGUACGCAGUGAUAUCGAUGCGCGGGAUGUGUACCUUCCACCGACCAACAUCAACUUCUUCCAGUCCAACUUUUCGUCCUUCUCGCCGGCCUUGGGUCGUCGGCUGCCAGAAGAGGCGCUCCGCGUGAAUUUCUUCAACUGUAUGGUGCCCAAGUUUGCGAUCCCAACAAAGCUGCGAUCGCUUGGGUUGUACUUCACCAAUGUACUUACGGUUUUCACCAACUAUUUGGCGGACAAUGCGAUGGAAGAGUUAACCGUGGUGGGGGCUCGUAUAACUUCUAUGAAGUUUGUGGAAGUGUUUAGAAAGCUACGAUAUCUGCGCAUCGAAGGAAACCCCAUAGAAAUUGUGAGCAUGGAAACAUUUCGCAAUUUGACAAAAGUGGAAAUAAUCAACCUCAGUGGAAACAAAAUCUACUUUUUUGAACCAGUGACAAAACCUCUGGAACUCCCAAAGUUGACAGAGCUCAAUUUGCGUAGAAACUUCAUAAUUCAGUUCGACAGUAGCUUGUGGUACUCGCCGAAUCUUCAGAUCCUCAAUCUGCAUACCAACUUCCUCAAAAGUUUAAACGUCGAUCAGCUGCAUUUAUCGUUUCCCCAGCUGGGACAAGUGACUCUGGGUAGAAAUCUAUGGAACUGCCAACGAUUGAAUGUGAUAAUGGGUUCGAUGUUGAUUCGUAAAAUUAGCACAUACGUAGCCGACUCGAACAUUGGCUGCCAAUCGUAUUCAUAUGUCGAAUACUUGAGCUUAUCUGGGCUGGAUUCUGUUAGCAAUGCAAAGCGAAUGUUCUAUCGCUUACAGGACGUUUCAGCGGGGUAUUAUGCGGCAGCGUCAAAUACAACUUUGUUGGAGGAUUUAUAUGAUCGAAGCAACAUUUUGAGAGUCAAACUGGAAAGUUUGAGUAAAACUGUACAGAGAGUUCAAAAUACAUACGGUGAUUUAAAACAGUGGAUGCAGAAGAAACACGUCAACUAAAAUAUGAAAUAAAAAUACUAAAAUAAUACUAAAAUAUUCUUAUGACUAAGAAAAAUAUAAAUAGACAUGAGCCAAAAAUAAAAUAUCAUAGCUCAGGUUAUGAAUUUUAUUUAGGAAAUAAAUGAAACCAACAUUCGAGCCUAAAACAGGCUUGAAGAGAGAAAGGUAAGUGGCGAAGUAU